AUGGCAAGAGUUAAAUCUGGUAUUGCAUGUUCGACAAUUACACAAAAAAAGCGACGUAUCUGGAAUGCAUAUGAAAAACUUGCGGCAAUAACUUUUCAAGAAAGAACACAGACAAAGUUGAUGCUUGCACGUCCACAUAUCUGCCGGCUAAAUACUGGCUCUCGUCCAAAGUAUCCUGAACUAGAAGUUGAAUUGAGUAGUUGGAUACGUGUAUUGCAAGCUGAACUUAAAGUAGUUACACGCAAUAUGGUCCAAGUUAAAGUGAAAAACUUAGCACAAACACAGAGUAAUCGACGCCGCACAACUGUCUUACAACAUUUAUCUGAAGACUAUGAUGAAAAACAACAGGCAUUUUUAAGUUUUGUUCUUUUUCAAUGA